GUGGAUAGUGUGUGUAGAGUAGACCGCACUCCUGCUGCAUGCCUGCUAUAUGCCUAUUCAGUACUGUCUUCCGUCAGUAAUCCCUGCAGUUGCAUGCCUUCAGUCUUAUACCUCAAGGCUUGAUACUAGGCAUUCAGUAAUACCUGCAUCUGGGGACAGACAUAGCCAAAGUAACCACUAGCCACGCUUGCACAGAGUCGGCUUCUAACAAUCAAAUCUCACUUUUAUGGAUUUUCACUUGGAAUUCUGAUAUGGAAAGACUUAAUAUAUACAUAUUUUUUUUUGGAAAUUACAAAGGGUAAAAGCUCCUGUAAGACUUAAGUCGUGCUUUUUACUGGGGGUCUCACCGUGGAGAAGGUGCGUUUUUGGAUUGUCCUUCAUUCAUGCAGCAGCAGUAUAAAAGAGUGGAUCUGUAGGGUGUGCGGAUCGCUUGUCCUAGACAUGGUUCUGUAUGCCCGUGAUUUCAUCCACCAGUCCAUGUUUCCCAUUGAAAAAUUACCAGACACAUUUUCCAUAGCAGAAAAGUGCUGACAAAAGAUAAUGUACACUGGAAUAAAACAGACUUGAAGACAGAAAUACAUGGGAAGUAAAAAUUAUUUAAGAUAUCUAUAAACAGGCUCAUGUCAAUGAACAUAAAAAUAGCAUUCGACCAAUGUGGAUUCAUUCAGUCUGCAGAGCCUCUCAAGAUCUGUAAUAAGGGUCUGAAAACUAAUUUACAGCAGAUUUCUACAAACUGAAUCUAAAAACAUCCUAUCAGAGAGAUACUGCGAUGCUCAGAUUAUGAAAAAAAAAAAAACAGAAUGAAGCCAUGCAUUCAGAUCAACCACAGAAGAAUAUUUUUAUUUGAGAAAUCUGUGAUGGGGAAACCACGUACACCUUCGUUCUUACUCUGUAUGCUUGUACUGAAAAUGCUACCGACUCUUGCUACUACAGUAAACUAUGCUGACCCAACUUCACAGCCCGCAGUGACAGAACAGACAACUCCAAACAUCAAGAUAAUAGAAAGCCAGUUCAAAUGUUAUGAAAAAAUGCAAAGAGAUCCUGUGUAUAAUAAAUCAGGUCUAUACUGUAAUCGAACCUGGGACGGAUGGCUAUGUUGGGAUGAUAUACCAGCAGGAUCUCAUAGUUCCCAGAGCUGUCCGGAUUAUUUCCAUGACUUUGAUACCACAGAAAAGGCUACAAAGUACUGUGAUGAGACUGGAAACUGGUUUAGGCACCCUGACAACAAUCGUACCUGGUCCAACUACACACUGUGCAAUUUACACAGUCAUGGCAAGCUCAAGAUGACCCUUAUAAUGUUCUAUUUGACAAUUGUUGGCCAUGCUCUGUCUAUGGCAUCUCUGUCGAUUUCUCUAGGAAUAUUUUUCUACUUCAAAAGCCUCAGUUGCCAAAGGAUUACAUUGCACAAGAAUUUAUUUUGCUCUUUUAUGCUAAACUCAUUAUUUACCAUCAUACAUCUGAAUAUAAUAGGGAAUAAAAAUGACUUGGUAAAAGAGGACUGGGUGAUCUGUAAGGUGGUACAGUUUCUGACCCAAUACAUGAUGGGGUGUAAUUACUUUUGGAUGCUCUGUGAAGGCAUUCAUCUCCAUACUCUGAUUGUGGUGGCAGUAUUUGUUGAAGAGCAACAUUUACAUUGGUAUUAUCUACUUGGAUGGGGUUUCCCCUUGGUGCCGGCUUGUAUUCACGCUGUUGCGAGAGUUAAAUACUUUAAUGAUAAUUGUUGGAUGAGUGCAGAAACAUCCUUGUUAUAUAUUAUACAUGGACCCAUCAUGGCAGCAUUAAUAGUAAAUUUGUUCUUUCUUCUCAAUAUAGUGCGAGUCCUAGUGACAAAAUUAAGAGACACUCAUCACGCUGAAUCAAACAUGUAUAUGAAAGCUGUGCGAGCAACUUUAAUUCUCGUUCCUCUUUUGGGAAUACAUUUGAUUAUCUUUCCAUGGAGGCCGGAGCAUAAGCUAGCUGGAGAAAUUUAUGACUAUAUUAUGCACAUAUUAACACAUUAUCAGGGCUUGCUGGUAUCAACUAUAUUCUGUUUCUUUAAUGGAGAGGUCCAAGCUGCCCUGAAAAGACAGUGGGUGCAGUAUAAGGCACAAUGGGGCCAUCGGCGUCGAGAUCAUUGCUCUAUGCGUUCAGCCUCUUACACAGCAACAUCCAUUUCAGAAGUUCCUGUUUAUUUAUACCAUCAUGACUCUAACAGUGAUCAGUUAAAUGGCAAACAUGGGGAGGACUCUGAAAUCACUAUGUUAAAAGCAAGAGAAACAUAUGCUUAAGCAUAGGAGGAACAACGGGAGGAAGAAACACAGAUCAUUUGACACUCCAUCAUCAAAGUAUUUAUACAGUGAUGCCAUAGUUAAAUGCUUUAAAGACUGAAACAAGCCUUACCUAAACAAUUAUUUGACAAUGACAGCCUUGACAAAGAUGGAAAGCAUAUUCCUUAGAAUAAUGAAUGCUCAUCACAAAUGAACUUAAAAAUAAAAACAGACCUGGCAGUUCACGUGAAUGGCAUCUCAAUGGCAUCAGAUUCUUGGCAUAGAUAAGACAAAUAAAAUGAUAUGGAACAUG